CGGGGCCAGUGUUUGUCAGCUUCGUUUCUUAGCAAUAGAACAGAGAUCAGAGAUCUUCAGUAUUCCUCUGCGGUCAAACUCGGGCACAGAGAGGAGGAAUAAUCCUGAACAGCACGAACCAAGAAAUAAGGUAUGGCAGCCAUACGGAAAAAGCUGGUGAUCGUGGGAGACGGAGCAUGUGGAAAGACCUGUCUACUAAUAGUCUUCAGUAAGGAUCAGUUCCCCGAAGUCUACGUGCCCACUGUGUUUGAGAACUACAUUGCUGACAUUGAGGUGGAUGGCAAACAGGUGGAGCUGGCCCUGUGGGACACUGCAGGUCAGGAGGACUAUGACCGCUUGAGACCACUUUCCUACCCAGACACAGAUGUCAUUCUUAUGUGCUUCUCUAUCGACAGUCCUGACAGUUUAGAGAAUAUUCCAGAGAAGUGGACGCCAGAGGUGAAACACUUCUGCCCCAACGUUCCCAUAAUUUUGGUGGGGAAUAAGAAGGACCUGCGCAACGACGACCAUACUCGGAGAGAGCUGGCUAAGAUGAAACAGGAGCCUGUUAAACCCGAGGAAGGCCGCGACAUGGCCAACCGCAUCAGUGCCUUCGGUUACCUGGAGUGCUCGGCCAAGACCAAGGAGGGUGUGAGGGAAGUGUUUGAAAUGGCCACAAGGGCGGCGCUGCAAGUCCGGAAGAGGAAAAAGAGGGGCGGGUGCUUGAUCCUGUGAGAGAUUUGUGGAGUAUCACAGAAGAAUCGCCCAAUGUCUAGAAAUACAUGGCAUUCAACCGCCCACGAAAGAACGUCGGAUUUGUAACCAAACAGCAUCUCUGUACUGUAAUGUACCGUACCAUAUAUAUAUAAUCACAUUUAUGCAUCAAAAGGACUAAGACUGACAGUUAUAAUAGCUGGCACAAAACGUGCCUCAGUUAUCUGAUUUAUUUGCCUGUAACAAGUUGUUACAAAGUGAGAUUUGCACCUGGGUAAGGUAUAACUAUGCUGUAUUAUUUCACACCAUGUGUACAUGUUAAGACACUGCCCUGACCAUAGCUGUUAUUUCUAGAUGUGGCAUCUGAACUUAUUUGCGCAGAUUUAGAAUUAGUAAUUAACGAAGCAUCAGGUCUUAUGCUUCGUGACAGUUUUUUUUUUUUUGUGAAUUUAAAAAUCAAUUUUAGUGUCUUCAAGCUUCUGAGAAAUGUUAAUUGACUUUUUAUUGCUAAUGGGUAUGUUUGCCGACUACAAAUUGAAAUACCGUUCAGUGGUUGGUGCUAUUAUAGUAUGUGACAUUGGUAUAUCACAGUCAGAGAGACAGGCAGGUACAUGUGCACAAAUUCACAUCACGGUGCCGCUAAUUAUAUCUACACUGGAUAUAUAAAGACUGAUUUCUACCAUAGAUGCUGCUCUGAUCUGUGUUUCAGUAACAAGAUUAUAUUAUAUUGUGUUUGACUCGGAUCAGUAUGCAAAUAGGCAGUGUGUAACAAGUCAAACAAACAGGAAAACUCAAAGACUAACAUACGUGUGUGUGUGUUGUGUGUGUGUGUGUGUAUAUAUAUAUAUAUAUAUAUAUAUUAAAUACACACACAUUGGCCAUUCAUAACAUCAGUAUAACAGCCAAACCUAUGCGUUCUAUGAAUGGUUUUUCUGUUUGUUUUAAAAGUGCGCUUUCUACACACUUCCUAUUAACCUCUGUGCCUUCAGUUGCUUUUUGAGUUGGCCAUUUUCACCGCAGGUAAAGCACUGAAUGUAUUAUUGAAAUCGGUAUUAUUAUUAGAAGUGGUGUUCUAACAUGUAGUAUUUGCAUGCCAGUCACAUAGGUUUUGGUCUGUACCGUCAUCUUGGCUUGUAAGGUUAAUGUGUGAUAUACAGCUUUUACUAAGAUCUCGUAUCUAUAGUUUACAUUGCUGCCCCCUUUCAGGUAAUGAUUAAUAAUUAAAAAAAAAAAUCUAACUUACACUUGUCUUAAUGCUUAACAUUGAACUCAUUGCUGUUUGUUUUCCUACACUUUUACUUCAGUAACCUCGAUGAACUGUACAGUGAAUAUUCAAAUUAACAUCUUUAAUAACAAAAUAAUAGGAGAUGGCUCUUCAUUUGUAGCAUCUUAAUCUAGUCGGCUAAAGAAUUGAAAUGUACAAAAGAAGUAUACAGAUGUAUGUGCUAGUGUUCAGAAUUCUGGACUUGCCAGAGAUGUAAGAUGGGACAAUGUAGUGGUCAGUAGUUAAAGGGCACCAUGCAAGUAAUAUAGCACAAAAUAAAGGAGCACAAAAUCUACACUUAAAGUGUGUGUGUGUGUGUGUGUUUCUUUGUUUACAGUCUUAUAGCCUGCAUGUGACAACAUCUGAACACAUUAUAAGGAACAGUAAAAUUAGAGUAAUGUUUGUACGAAGCAAAAUUAAACCGUGUUAAAUAAUUGUUUUUGGAACAAAUCGAUUCUCUACAGUAUAUUUUUCAGGAUUUUAGACAGCAGUGUGGAAAGAAUAUGGAAAAUUUUUAUGUACAAGUGUUUUAUUGCAUUUAUUGCCCAACUAUAACACCACCACAGUGUGUGAACAGAGUAGUCUUUGUUGAGCUUGGAAAAUUUGAAUUAAAGAAAAUUUCUCCAA